CAUUAUUGGGAGCUCUUUAACAUGGCCACAUGCUAACUUUACUAGUGUUAUGGUGUGGUGGUUGUAUCUGUUACUACAUCCUGACUUGGAGUGCAUGUUUUUAACCAUUCUGUUUGUCCUUUAUUUCAUGCUCAUAGGGAACACCAGGACGAGAUGGCUACCCGGGUCCACUUGGUAUGGAUGGGAAGCCGGGCCCCCCUGGACCAAAAGGAGAUAAGGGUGACCAAGGGGAUGCUGGUCCAAGGAUGGUCUUUCCACGCUUCGAUCACGGAUUCCUCUCUGGCGAUCAGCCAAACUUUCAAAGGAGGAUUCUGAAGGGGGAUCAGGGGCAGGCCGGCCCCCCAGGGCCACCCGGCCCUCCAGGACCCAGGGGACCUCCAGGGAAUACAGGCAAAGAUGGACCACGGGGACCUCCCGGAGAGCCGGGGGAAGAUGGUGCUCCCGGACAGAAGGGAGAGAAGGGUAUUAACGGUUUCCAAGGUGAAAGAGGAAUCGAUGGAUUGUCAGGAACUAAGGGGGAGAUGGGAGCGCCUGGAAUUCCUGGAUUUCCUGGGCUAAAGGGUGAACCAGGAAAUGACGGGCCAGCUGGUCCCAGGGGUCUACCUGGUCAAAAGGGUCAUCAAGGAGCAACUGAGAUCAUAGACUACGAUGGAAGAAUACAUGAAGCCCUUCAGGGCCCCGCUGGUCCCCCUGGCCCCCCCGGUCCCAAGGGAGAUGCGGGACCAAAGGGUGAAUUGGGAUUACCAGGUACAGCUGGAGUGGAUGGAGAAAAGGGUCCUAAAGGUGAGAAAGGAGAGGAUGGGAUCCCGGGGUUUGCUGGUCAGAGAGGAGAGAAGGGGGAGAUGGGCUUGUCCGGUCCUGAGGGUAUUGAUGGUCAGAAAGGAGAGAAGGGAGAACCUUGCCCAUCUAGCUUGGAAGACCAUAUUGUCCAGAUGAUUUCCCAGCCUGGACCGCCAGGGCCUCCCGGUCCACAAGGUCCCAUUGGGCUUACAGGCGCUCCAGGCUCAGAGGGGGAGCCUGGGUUAGAUGGCUUGAAUGGAGAGAAGGGGGAGCCUGGAGAGAGGGGUCUUCCAGGUCCCACAGGUUUGGUAGGCCUUCCCGGCACCAAGGGAGAAAAGGGAAAGACUGGGGAACCAGGAUUAGACGGUUUUCCAGGUCUAAGAGGUGAAAAGGGAGACCAGGGUGUGAAAGGAGAUAAGGGGGAGAGAGGGACAACAGGAAAGAGAGGACUAAAGGGGCACAAAGGAGAGCAAGGACCCCCUGGAUUGGACCAGCCAUGUCCAGUGGGGACUCCAGGAGGUAGAGGAGGCCAGGGGGAGGUGGGCUUGCCUGGUCUGGAUGCUCCCUGUCCCUUGGGUCCAGAUGGACUUCCUAUACCAGGAUGUUGGCAUAAGUGAUCUCUAACCAUCGAGCAUGGAGUGUGUACAUAUUGAUAUGGCAAUUUGUGGGUUGAAGCCUUUUUUUUUUUUUUGUAAAAAAAAGUUUGUAUUUUUUUUUUUAUAAUAUAUUGAGCUAUUAUAUUGGACAUGGUGUAUGAAAAAAAAAUGGAACAAAGAACUCUACUCACCCACUGAAAAAAAUUAACUUUCCAGUGCUGUGGGCUAUGAAGUGCUGCUACAUGGACUAAUAAUGACCCCUAACAUUAUUAACAGUGACUGAUCAUCCUUGUGAACACAGCGGAGUGAUGCAUGGAACACUAGUUCACAUGUUAAGCUUCACAGCACUAAGGAACAGUUUGCUUUUUCUUCCCACUAAAAGGGUGAACCAGCUUGGUUCAAACCCAAGAGGAAAAGAAUGUCUCAGCCCUAGACGUCCACAGUGAAAGAAACUUGUUUUCUGGGCUUCUCUACAUAAAGGGACGGACGGCCCAUUGGAAGAGGCCUGCCAGCAUGCAUGGGAUUGCACCAGUCUGAAUCCCAACCCUUUAUUAGACUGGGAACAGGGCGCUUGAAGCUGUGCCGUCACAGACCAGGCCGGUCUUGUGUGCCCUGCAGGAACGCCAAGUAAAAGCAACCCUCAUUCUCCUCCAUUCUCCUCCAUUCUUCCAAAGGGGAUGUGACGCACACGUGUCAUUUUAUGUCUGUUAAUAGAAAGAUGCCGCACUGAAGACAGGCAUUUCUGUUGGGAUUGUAUCUUCUUUUUUAACACACCUGUCGGUACACAUGGCGAAAGUAAGACAUUCUCUGGUAUUAAUAUUUUAAGAUCAACAUACUGUCAAUAAGUUUGUUUUUUUAUAUUCUAUAAUAUGGCUCGAUUUACAUUUAUGUUCAUAACAGGUAAAGCAAAGCCUAUAUAAAAUGUAUUUUGCAAUUACAAUGCAUGGUAUUUUUAAAGCAAGUUUGAUUUUUUUUUGUCAUUUUAAAGCAAGCUGAAGUUUUGUAUUUAAAAGUAAUUAAGUGCAUGAAGAUAAACCCCUUUUUAAAAAAUGUCAUUUCUAAAUCACUGACAAUUCACUGAGGGUCGUGUUGACGUGAUUUUGCCAAACAUGGUUGGCAUUGUCUUUUGCAUUGAACUUGCAUGUUCUGUAUACAGUCCACUUUUUUCAGUAUUACAAGAUUGGCUAAUUGAAGUGAUUGCUUGCAUGUAUCACAAAUACAAUUGUUUGCAACUGUAUUUAAAAUAACUUGUCAGAGUGCAGACAUAUAAAAGUAUCAGGAGUGUGUUAUAAAUAGUUUGGUAGAUAUCAGUCUACACACACACACACACACACACGUAUAUGCAAGAAUUGGACACGCGCCAGUAUUACCCAUGUUCAUACUCAGAUGCCAUUAAAUCUGAUUGCUUCCACCUCUUCCUAGAAUACCUUCUCCAAGAAUGGGAUGUCUAUCCACAACUGUAGCAUAGUUCUUACUAUAGAAAGUGGAUAUUAUUAUGCACAUGUUACUAGUUCAGAUUCAUGCCAUGGAAUUGAGAAGCAGGUUACUUAUUUCACUUGAGCAGAUAUGUAUGGGUGCUUAAAAGAGUUGAAAACAAGACUUGCAUUGCCGAGUCAUUCCACAGUUUACUGUGUGCUAGAGACUAGGACCUGUGGUUUGUUUCAUCUGAAAACACCUUUAGAAUGGGAGUCUUUGCUUUCACUUUUUACAGGGCAGAUUUUUUAAAACCCUCAACAUACUAAUCUCUCAGUAUCGGAAUAUCCUGUAUGAAUCGAUUGUGUAAGACUUCAGUUGAAUAUCAACGUAUCAUUCACUACUUCCAGUACUUUUAGUGUUGCAUAUUACAGAAAUAAUGCACUUGUGGAAAAUCUAUUUCAAACACGUGUUACAUAUAUUUGGAGAGUGCCAUGCAGAAGGAAUAAAAACCCUAAAGGAAAGUUUCUUGGUUUUUUUUUUAUUUUAUUUUCCCUACAAGUUUUGGCCACUUUGUAAACCUCACCAUCCUCUUUGUAACUUGCUAGGUAUAAUCCACACCAUCCUCUUUGUAACUUGCUAGGUAUAAACCACACCAUCCUGUUUGUAACUUGCCAGGUAUAAACCACACCAUCCUCUUCCUCGUAGUCCUGGUUUCAUUGCUUUUCAGGGCUUUACUUAUCCCCUUGCAUGCCUAUGUACUUGUCAAGUCAAGUGACUUUUGAAUCACUGUAUAAAGCAAGGCCAAGAAAUAGAAUGUGGUUGAGAUACUACUGCAUCUGAAGAAAAGUGGGUUCACUAACCAUCUAGAAAUUCCAAAUUGCUUCAUACCCAGAAUUUACAUGAUAUAUAUUUGUAUUGUUUUAUUAUGGCACAUUUCUCUAAGCUUGUAACACAAUAUUUUCUGGGAGAUUUAUUAAGUUUGCAAUGUUUUGAACACACAGUUUAUUUACAUUAAAAAGUAGCCCUGUAGGAAUUCUUUUAACACUGGACUGGAUAAAAAAAAUAUAAUAAAAAAAACGGAUGUCUCUGAAAUAUGAUGGCUUCCCAGUGGCUUUAGGUAAAACGGAAAAGAAUAGGCUUUGUCAGUUAAAGCUGACCUUUGAUUAAAACCCAGAUCAUUUGUUUGGAGGGGACAAUGAAUUGCUUUUCAGGCUGGAAAAACUUCAAAGCCAAAGAAAAUCCUGAAGAAUGUAUUCAUACAGUGUUGUUGGUUUUAAUGAAGGUGUAGCACUUCCUCAAACAAGAAUUGAUUAGCCAUCACUAAGAAACCCUAUGUGUUAUUUCUGUAUUUCAAAAGACAUUUCAAGAGAGAAUUUUCAACAAAAAUGUAUUUUGAAUUGCAUUGUAUUGAAAUACAACACACAGCAAAGUUUCUUCCCCCUCUCCCGCUGUGAGUGGAGUCUUUGGUAGAGGUUUAUUUCUAGUACCAUUUCAAAUCAGUUUUACUCCUGUUACUCAGUAGAUCUGAAAUGUUUCAGCUUUUUUACAUGGUGUUGAUAUUUUGACAAGCAUGUUCUUUGUGUAUUUGUAAGGUCACCAUUAUAUUAUAGACCUGUCAGAUAUAUUGCCAAACCAUGGGGUCUGUUUUAAUGAUCACUGCAUUUAGUAUUUUAAUCAAUGAACCACAGUAUUAGAUCCUCACUGUUUUAGUUCAUUAGAAUCAAUUCCCCAUGUGUGUGACAGUCUAAAUGAAUGAAUACUAUUUAUUUCAAUAUAGCUUCAUUUUGUUAUUGAUGAAAUAAGCUUGUCAGAUUAUGUUUUCGUUUGAUUUUCAUAACAAAUAUCAGAAAAUGUUAUUUACAAGUACCAGUAUUUUAAAACACUUCUUUUUUUGUUAGUAGGGGGACUACAAAUGUGUUUAAUAAAAUGUGCUUUCAAUUUUAAUUUUGGUAUGUUAAAAUGCAUUUUCCAUAGUGUACAGUUUUUUGGGGUUUUUUGCCCAUCAUUAUUGUGUGAAUAAUUAUUGUGUAACCAAUAUCAUAUUUCAUGACGUAACAAGUUUCAAAUAAAAACAUAUUUCCCCAAAA